AUGGUUGCAAAACCUCUGGCUGCUGGUCUGGUGGUCCUUCUCGUGCUUGUCAUGGGCCUGUUCCUGUUCAUAGCCAUGGGGAAGAAAAACAUGGCUACUCCCUCAGGACACUUGUUCUCAAGGGCUGCUGUUGCGACUGACGCUGGGAAGUGUUCAGAAGUUGGAAGGGAAAUUUUAAAGAAAAACGGUUCAGCAGUGGAUGCUUCCAUUGCUGCCUUGCUCUGUGUUGGCCUUGUCAAUGCACACAGCAUGGGCAUUGGUGGAGGGGUCUUCUUUGUCAUCUACAAUGCUGCUUCUGGUAGAGUAGAAACCAUUGACGCAAGGGAAACCGCACCCAAGAACGCCACUGAGGACAUGUUUGGCAACAACACACAACUUUCUCGUACAGGUGGACUGUCCAUAGCCAUUCCCGGGGAGAUUCGUGGCUAUGAUUUGGCACAUAAGAGACAUGGCCGGCUGCCUUGGAAAGAUCUGUUUGAGCCAAGCAUUGCCUUGGCUCGUGAAGGCUUUCCGGUUGGGAAAGCCUUGGCUUAUGCAAUCUUUCAAAGCAAGGAUUCCAUUGAAGGAAACGCAAAUCUUUGUGAAGUGUUUUGUGAUUCACAAAAAAACAUUCUCAGGGAAAAUGACAUUAUAAGAUUCCCAAAGCUGGCGGACACAUACCAGAGAAUAGCAGAAGAUGGUCCCAACAUGUUCUAUAAUGGCUCAAUGGCACAGAGACUCGUGGAAGAUAUCCAGGCUGCAGGUGGGAUUAUCACCUUGAAUGAUUUAUUGGAGUACCAGCCAGUACUGAAUGAAAAUCCCCUGAAGAUUAGUGUUGGGGAAUACACCAUGCAUGUUCCGGAUGCCCCCUCCAGUGGCCCAGUGUUGGCGCUCAUUCUCAACAUAGUGAAUGGGUACAACUUCACCGACACAAGCGUUUCUACAGCUGAGGAGAAGACCCUAACGUAUCAUCGCAUCCUAGAGGCUUUUCGUUUUGCUUACGCAAAAAGGAGCAGACUUGGGGACCCCCAUUUUCUUAAUAUUACAGAUCUUAUCCAAAACAUGACAUCGGCUUACUUUGCCGAAGGCCUAAGGAAAAAAAUUACAGAUGACACCACUCAUCCAGACAUUUACUAUGAGCCGGAUUAUUUUGUCCCAGACAACCACGGAACAGCUCAUCUGUCUCUCAUUGCUGAAGACGGAAGCGCCGUGGCAGCCACCAGCACCAUUAAUCUAUACUUUGGCUCCAAAGUCAUGUCCCGAUCAACUGGAAUCAUCUUUAAUGAUGAAAUGGAUGACUUCAGCUCUCCAUACAUAACCAAUGGGUUUGGAAUCCCUCCCUCCCCUAACAACUUCAUCCAACCAGGCAAGAGGCCUCUGUCCUCCAUGUCUCCCACAAUCAUCUUUGAUAAAGACAAAAGAGUUAAAAUGGUUGUCGGAGCAUCCGGGGGCACAAAAAUCACCACAGCUACUGCUUUGAUCAUCCUGAACUCCUUGUUCUUCAAGUAUGACCUAAGGAAAGCGGUGAUGGAACCACGAGUGCACAAUCAACUCAACCCAAACAUGACAGUAGUGGAGCAAGAUUUUGAAAAAAGAGUCCUAGAAGGCCUGAUCUGGAAGAACCACAUAACACAGCUGCAGAGGACUCCAGAUUCUGUGGUUCAAGUGGUGAUGCGACAAGGAGGGCAUCUUCUCGCAGAAUCAGACCCCAGGAAAGGAGGAUACCCUGCCGGAUACUGAAUAGGGUUCCAGACCCCCUCCAAAAACAACCCCAAAAAACAAACAAACAACAACAAAUGCACAGCAAAGAACGACACGAUCUUAACACUGCCGCAAAACAAACACAUUCUAUAUAUUCAGCAUUUCUGCCUUUAGAUUUUAUUCAUGAAGUAAUAAGCUGCAUUUGUUCUGAAAUGUCUUUUAGAUAUUCCCACUGAUGAUAUUCAGUACUUCUAAGGCAGUGAAUGUUGAUGGUUUACACAUUUAGAAAGAUGUUGCAAAAGUUAGAUUUGGACAGUAGCCAUCUCAUUUUCAAAAUAUUUAACGCAAUUCAUGAUAAUUUAAAAUACAGUUGUGCAAAAUGUUUGAAUAGCAAAUUUAGACAUUGUAAACUGUCAACAGUUGGUGUUAAAAAUUCUUCGCUUUCAUGCCAUUUAAGAAUGCAAGUGGUUAUAAAACCAGACUUGGAAGCAGCUGCUCUCAUGUUGUUUGCCUAUUAAAUGUCUCCCAAUAUCUUACUUCUGAUCAUCAAUAUGAUCCUGUUUGUAUGACAAUAAAUAAUAAUGUUCCCCUACAAUAAGCAGACGCAUCACCUUAUUAUUUUACAAAAACUGUACAUUUUAU